GGCGGGCGCGGGGGCUGACGGGAGGUGUGGCGCUCCCUGGGAACGGCCCGUGGGCAGCGAGACCCCGCCCCCGCGCGGGGGAUGCCGGGAGCCGCCGGCGAUGAACGGGGCCGAGGCGGAGCCCGGCGGCUACAAGCGGCGCUACCGGGCCCUGAAGCGGCGCCUGAAGCUGCUGAUCUACGAGCAGGAGUGUUUCCAGGAGGAGCUUCGCAAGGCCCAGAGGAAGCUGCUGAAGGUGUCGCGGGAUAAAAGCUUCCUGCUGGACCGGCUGCUGCAGCACGAGCACGUGGACGAGGAAUCGUCAGACUCGGAGGCCACAGCCUCCUCAGAGAACAGUGAUGGGGAGGGGCCAAAGGGGGCGGAGCCACAGCCACUGAAGAGGAAGCGGAGCCCCCAGCUUGGCGGAGCCUCGUCCCCAUCGUCCUCUGGCCUCUCUCUCCAGGCGACCUCGGGCUUCCCCCUGCAGGGCUCGGGGGCGCCCUCCCCGUACCUAAGUUCGCUGGCCUCCCCCCCCUACAGCCCGUUUCCCUCUGAAUACCUGGCGCCAGAGCCCUGUGCCCCCCGCCCCGAACGUGCCCGCCCCGAGCGACGGGCCAAAGGCACCCGCAAGUUAAAGAUGUCCCUGACACCGGCCACCCAUCCCGACUGCUCAGUGGUGGGGGGUCUCCCCUUCUCCUCGCCCCGGGGGGGCCCCCUGGCCUCCCUCUCCUCCAAGCUCCCGCCCCCCACCAUUCUCAGCACCGUGCCCCAGCAAAUGUUCAGUGACGCGGGGGAGGGGAGUGGCGAAGACCCCCUGGAUGGGGAUGACGAGCUUGUCAUAGAUAUCCCGGAAUAGGGUCGUUUGGGGGGCAGCCCCCCAGAUACACACAUCUCAGCACUGUGGUGGGACCCCCAAGAGGCCCCCCAAGUUUAUUUCACAUCCAUUCCAGUUGCAUUAACAGGCUCCAGACAUGCAAAUUAACCAAAUAAACAGGAUUUUGGUAUAAAAA